AUGAAGCCGCCCGCCGCACAGGGCAGCCCAGCGGCCGCCGCAGCCGCAGCCCCGGCCUUGGACUCGGCUGCAGCUGCAGACCUGACAGACGCGUUGUGCGAGUUCGACGCGGUGCUGGCUGACUUCGCAUCGCCCUUCCACGAACGCCACUUCCACUACGAAGAGCAUCUGGAGCGCAUGAAGCGGCGCAGUAGCGCCAGCGUCAGUGACAGCAGCGGCUUCAGCGACUCUGAGAGUGCAGAUUCUCUUUAUAGGAAUAGCUUCAGCUUCAGUGAUGAGAAACUGAAUUCUCCAACAGACUCCACCCCAGCUCUGCUCUCUCCUACCACCACUCCUCGGAAAGCCAAAUUAGGAGACACAAAAGAAUUAGAAGACUUUAUUGCUGAUCUUGACAGAACAUUAGCAAGUAUGUGAAACCAGGAAAAGUUCUGGGUCUGUUUUCUCAUAAGGAAGAAGCUUCAGAAAGCUCUGAGGACCUAGUAAAGCUACUAGAAUCUGCCACCGGAAAGGAUAGAGAUGAAGCUCACCUCCCACUAGCCCUCUCAGACCCAUCCACCUUUGGGCUCAUCUCUGGGCAAUUUAGACGGUGAAAUUGGUUUUGUUCACCUGCUUGCAGUGUGUUAGAAGAGACGAUCCAUACCAAUAUUGUAUUUUCUCUUAAAACAUAGCUUCCCUGUAAUUUAAAAUGCUUUUAUGAAAAUAUUUGUAAUUAAUUAUAUAUAGUCGGAAACAGUAAUAAACUUUUCUCAUUAUAAUAUAUUUUUGUAUACAAAUAAAAUCUGAACUGGAGUCU